AUGCAGUCAGCGAAUGCCAUCAUUUUUGUUGUACAAACAAUCAUUUCUUCUUCCUCACAACAGCCAAGCAAGUCCGAGAUGGUUCCACCGCUCUUACAGAAGUUCCUCCCGGUGUUCAAUUUCGUCAUUGCAACAACUGCGUUAGGUUUCCAAGUGACCGUUCUCUACCCAUGGCACAACCAGCUGGAAAAAGAUUUCAGUGGUUUGCAAAAUAAUCAAAACACGAAAUUACAUGAGUAUCACGAGCUGAGAAUGGAAAACAUCAAGAACAUCGAACGAUAUCUCAGCAAAUUGAACUUAGAUCAACUCGAAGAAGAAGUUGCCAAUCAAGAAAAACAAAUCGAACAAUUAGCAUCCGAAUCUCCACCGUCACUUUCAACAUUCGAAGAUGCUCUACAUGACGCACAUAUUCCUGGACUUGUUGCAAUCGUAGUCGAUAAGAAUGGUAUUCUCUACGAUGAAGCGAUUGGAUACCAUUCACCGAUAAUUUCCAACGAACGUCGAGCAAUGGAUUCGGAAAAAUCUAUUUUUGUCUUGGCUUCCAUAUCGAAAACAUUCAUCGUCGUAGCUGUUAUGCAAUUGGUAGAAGAACAACGAGUGAAUUUAGAUAUCGACAUAAAUACCUACUUGUCACCGGCUAUGAAAAUCCGUCAUCCAUUGCAUCCGAAUGUACCCAUCACUCUACGACAUUUACUCUCUCAUACAGCUGGUAUCAAAUCGAAUUUUGAAGAAGAACUUAGACAUUAUCAGCCUGAUGAUGAUUUUGUUAAAUCAAAUCUUUCGGAAACAAUUGCAAAAUAUUUAGAUAAUAAAUCGAAUUGGUGGCUACAAGCACCUGGUGAGAUUACCGAAUACUCAAAUAUUGGUGUUAGCGUAGCAGCAUUAGUCGUGGAGAACGUGACAAAUACAAGUUUUGAACAAUAUGUGCAAGAUAGAAUUCUUCGCUGCUUAGGUAUUAAGGCAGGAUAUCGAAUAAGUGAUUUUGCAAAUCGAAAACAAAAUCUUGUCGAACAUUUCAUCUACAAUGCUUCUUGGUUAGAACAGUUUCACAAUCUUGUACCUCAAUUAAAUAUCAGUCGACCUGACAAUUCAUCUGAUUGGCUGAAUGUUCCUCAGUUUGGCGCACAGGAUUAUCCAGCAGGUAGUCUUCGAAUGUCAGCUCGGUCACUGACUAUUUUUCUUCAUUCGUUUCUCAAUAAUUUUUCAUUACUCUUACGGAAUACAUCUUCUGUCGACGAAAUGCUUCGAAUUGUUCGACAUGAGCAAUCCGACGUCGAAUACGGUCUCAUUUGGAAUUGGCGAGUUAUUCACGGACGACGUUUAGUCGGACAUCGUGGUGCAAUACCCGGCGUCACUAAUAUAAUGAUGGCAAACGAAGCGCGAACACUCGGUAUCAUUAUUUUGUCGAAUGGUGAUAUAUCAAAAAGUGACGAUCAAUCGAAGAGAGUUUACGAAACAAUUAUUCAUAUUAUGUCGAAAUUGUUUGAUUAUUUCGAGAAAUAA